AUGAACACGGAGCUGGAAGAACUGAGAGCUCGCGUGGCGAGCCUGGAGAAAGAGCUGGAAGAGGAAAGGGCUAGGCAAUCAACUAAUGCUCGUGAAAAGAUUCACACAAUAAGUUCUGAGGUGAUCGAUUCCAAUCCGUACAGUCGUCUAAUGGCACUGAAACGAAUGGGCGUCGUUGCCAAUUACGAGAGAAUACGUGAUUACAGUGUUGCUGUUGUUGGUAUUGGAGGUGUGGGAAGUGUGACUGCUGAGAUGUUGACUCGGUGUGGCAUUGGGAAGCUGCUUCUGUUUGAUUACGACAAAGUUGAGUUAGCCAAUAUGAACAGGAUGUUCUUCAUGCCUAACCAGGCCGGAUUGUCAAAAGUGAUGGCUGCAGCAAAUACAUUGGCAUUUAUUAAUCCCGAUGUCGAGAUCAAAACAUUCAAUCAGAACAUAACGACUGUUGAUGGCUUUCAGAGUUUCAGCGAAGCAAUCAGUGUGGGAGGUAAGAGUGGUGCCAAAAGUGUGGACCUUGUGCUUUCGUGUGUGGACAACUUUGAAGCUAGAAUGGCCAUCAAUACUGCCUGUAACGAACUUGGCUUGAAUUGGUUUGAAUCUGGUGUGAGUGAGAAUGCUGUUUCUGGACACAUACAAUUUGUGAAACCAGGAGAAACAGCCUGCUUUGCUUGUGCUCCACCUCUCAUUGUCGCUGACAAUAUUGACGAAAAGACCCUCAAACGGGAAGGAGUAUGUGCCGCAUCUCUACCCACAACAAUGGCUGUAAUUGCUGGCUUCCUUGUUCAAAACACACUCAAAUAUUUGUUGGAAUUUGGUGAAGUCACAUAUUAUCUUGGAUACAACGCUAUGCAGGACUUCUUUCCUACUAUGACGAUGAGGCCUAAUCCAAACUGCAGUGAUCUGAACUGCAGAAAGCAACAACAAGAAUUUGUGAAAAGAGAAGCUUUGAAGCCGAAGCCUGAAGUGGCAGAUGAGCAACCCGAGGAAGUGACACACGAAUCAAAUGAAUGGGGCAUCUGCCUUGUCGAUGAAACAGUCGAUGAACCAGCUGAUGUAGAUGCAAGUGUCCCUCAUUUGGCCGAGGGAAUCAAAGUCGCAUACACAUUGCCAGACAACCAACAAGAAUCAGCAGACGACGUAGUUGUUAGUGUAGAUGAUGAACAAAGUUUAGAAGAUUUAAUGAAACAGAUGAAGAGCUUAUAGACCAGUAAGUAGCAUUAAUUAAGUGAUCAUUGAUAUCAUAAAUAUCAAUUUCUUUCAUACAACACCCACUAAAUGACACGUGCCAGACUCUUUACUUUGAAACACAUUUUAAGUACAAGAAAAAAUUCUUAGUACAUUUCUAUUUAAUUAAUUUCUAUCCAUGGGCGGUGUUCACAAGGAAGUAGCAUCGCUUUCAUCGUCUAGACGUACUAAAUCUAAAGCGCGCUACAUGUAACAGGUGUACGUA